UCUCUCUCUCUCACACACACACAUACACACAUAGACACACGGGGGAAAAAAGGCGAUCUACCAAAAUCCAUCUCCAAUCUCCUCUUGUUUCCCCCCAGCCCAUCACUGUUCCACUUUGCAUCCCACGCAAAAGGAGACUUUAAAGAGACCGGGUUGAAAUCAACCUGCACUUUGAAAAUAGAUAAGUGACCUGGUAGUGGCAAAAAUAUAAACACUAUCAUACUCUUGCUGAUGACCCAACUCCUGUUUGAUCCUGUUGACAAGAGUUCAGAAGCUGUAAAGGAAACUUAUUCUCAACGCUGGUGUUGUAAAGAAAAGAAUACCAGGAGUUGAAGAGAUUAAAACAGGAGAGUUAACAGGAAUGCCUCAAAUGCCUUUCUUUUGUUGAACAUCCAUCCAUUUCACCGCUGAUUGGGCUCAGGACUAUUGUAUGAUUUCAACAUAUGCAUGGAAGACACCUUCUUGGAUCCGAAUCAUCAAGGCUGAAUUUUGCUUUCACAAAUCAAAUACGUUUAAAUAGUUCGACAAAAGGAUGUCUUCCAAGCGACCAGCCUCUCCGUAUGGGGAAGCAGAUGGAGAGGUAGCCAUGGUGACAAGCAGACAGAAAGUGGAAGAAGAGGAGAGUGACGGGCUCCCAGCCUUUCACCUUCCCUUGCAUGUGAGUUUUCCCAACAAGCCUCACUCUGAGGAAUUUCAACCAGUUUCUCUUCUGACGCAAGAGAGUUGUGGCCAUAGGACUCCCACUUCUCAGCACAACACAGUGGAAGUUGAUGGCAAUAAAAUGAUGUCUUCAUUUGCCCCACAUAACUCAUCUACCUCACCCUUGAAGGCAGAAGAAGGUGGGCGUCAGAGCGGAGAGUCAUUGUCCAGUACAGCCCUAGGGACCCCAGAAAGGCGCAAAGGCAGCUUAGCUGAUGUUGUAGAUACCUUGAAACAAAGAAAAAUGGAAGAGCUCAUCAAAAAUGAACCAGAAGAAACUCCCAGUAUUGAAAAGCUCCUAUCAAAGGACUGGAAAGACAAGCUUCUUGCUAUGGGAUCAGGGAACUUUGGAGAAAUUAAAGGAACUCCAGAAAGCCUUGCUGAGAAAGAGAGGCAGCUCAUGGGUAUGAUCAAUCAGUUGACCAGUUUGCGAGAGCAGCUGCUGGCAGCUCAUGAUGAACAAAAGAAGUUGGCUGCCUCCCAAAUUGAGAAACAGCGCCAGCAAAUGGAACUGGCCAAGCAGCAGCAAGAACAGAUUGCAAGACAACAGCAGCAACUUCUACAGCAGCAACACAAAAUCAAUCUGCUUCAACAACAGAUCCAGGUUCAAGGUCAGCUGCCUCCAUUAAUGAUUCCAGUAUUCCCUCCAGACCAGCGAACACUGGCAGCAGCUGCCCAGCAAGGAUUCCUCCUUCCUCCAGGCUUCAGCUACAAGGCAGGAUGUAGUGACCCUUACCCUGUUCAGCUGAUCCCAACUACCAUGGCAGCUGCUGCCGGGGCAACCCCAGGCUUAGGCCCACUCCAACUGCAGCAGUUAUAUGCUGCCCAGCUAGCUGCAAUGCAGGUAUCUCCAGGAGGAAAGUUACCAGGUAUACCCCAAGGCAAUCUUGGUGCUGCUGUAUCUCCAACCAGCAUUCAUACAGAGAAGAGCACAAAUAGCCCACCACCCAAAAGCAAGGAUGAAGUGGCACAACCACUGAACUUGUCUGCUAAACCCAAGACCUCUGAUGGGAAAUCACCCACAUCACCCACCUCUCCCCAUAUGCCAGCUCUGAGAAUAAACAGUGGGGCAAGCUCUCUCAAAGCCUCUGUCCCAGCAGCAUUAGCCAGUCCAUCAGCUAGAGUUAGCACAAUAGGUUAUUUAAAUGACCAUGAUGCUGUUACCAAGGCAAUCCAAGAAGCUCGACAGAUGAAGGAGCAACUUCGGCGGGAACAACAGGUGCUUGAUGGGAAGGUGGCUGUUGUGAAUAGUCUGGGGCUCAAUAACUGCAGAACAGAAAAGGACAAAACAACACUAGAGAGCCUGACUCAGCAACUAGCAGUGAAACAGAAUGAAGAAGGAAAAUUCAGCCAUGCCAUGAUGGAUUUCAAUAUGAGUGGAGAUUCUGAUGGAAGUGCUGGGGUCUCAGAGUCUAGAAUUUAUCGGGAAUCCAGAGGGCGUGGGAGCAACGAACCUCACAUCAAGCGUCCCAUGAAUGCUUUCAUGGUAUGGGCUAAAGAUGAACGGAGGAAAAUCCUUCAAGCCUUUCCUGACAUGCACAAUUCCAACAUCAGCAAGAUACUAGGCUCUCGCUGGAAAGCAAUGACAAACCUAGAAAAACAGCCAUACUAUGAAGAACAGGCUCGACUAAGCAAGCAGCACCUGGAAAAAUAUCCUGACUAUAAGUAUAAGCCCAGGCCAAAGCGAACCUGCCUUGUAGAUGGAAAAAAAUUGAGGAUUGGUGAAUAUAAAGCGAUUAUGCGGAACAGACGUCAAGAGAUGAGGCAAUAUUUUAAUGUUGGGCAACAAGCACAGAUCCCAAUCGCUACUGCUGGUGUUGUAUAUCCUGGAGCCAUUGCCAUGGCAGGAAUGCCCUCCCCUCAUCUGCCCUCAGAGCAUUCAAGUGUAUCCAGCAGCCCAGAACCUGGGAUGCCUGUGAUCCAAAGCACUUAUGGUGUGAAAGGAGAGGAGCCACAUAUCAAGGAAGAGAUGCAGGCUGAUGAUAUCAAUGGAGAAAUCUAUGAUGAGUACGAUGAAGAAGAGGAUGACCCAGAUGUGGACUAUGGGAGUGACAGUGAAAACCAUAUUGCUGGGCAAGCCAACUGAUAAGAGUCAAACAAUUGUGACCUUAGAGGACCUAAAGAAGCCCCAGCUGGUUCAUCCUUACCAGUGGCCAAGCACAUUAACUUUCUCAUACACUGACUGUUAUUUUAACUGUUAGUCUUAACUAGUUGGGACAUCAGCUGACUAAUAGACCUCAGCCUGCAUCAAAAGGCUUUGGAAGGAAAAAAAAUAAAACAGCAACAAUAUCAACAACAAGAGAUUGAAAUAAGCUAUGGGUAAAAUAAUGCCAGUAAUUCAGCUGCUAUAUCCAAGCACUGAAGUCUUACCCGUCAACUCUUUUUUUUUUUUAAAUAAACUUUAUGGCUGUUUGUUCUACAAUGUUCUAGAAAUUCUCACUCAGGUACACAGUGCCAACAAGUGGCUUGUGAAUGUGUUUUGUUGUUUUGUGCUACAGUUUAAAAAAAUAAUAAUUUUUUUUUGUUUUUGUUUUGGUAAUGCACCUGACAGAAAAAAAGAAAGAUAGAUAAAUUUCUCUUUACUCCCUUCCACUGUCUCCAUCUCUAUACCUUUGCAUAUUUUAGGGGUGGAAGUGUAUGAAAGGGGAAGAGGGAAAGAGAGCCUUUUUUUUUAUUUUUAUUUUUCUGCCAUCUGACACCCAAUAGGCAAUUAUUUUCUUCAUCAAGGACUUGGUUCAUCUAUUGCACACCACACUGCGUCUUUGAGCAAGUGCCAAAUUUGUACUGAAGUGUUGAACUAGUUCAUUUUUUUGUUUGUUUUCUGUUCUUUUUCAGUUAGGACAGUGUUAUGUCUUAGACAAUCCCUUAAAGAACCUAAUAUACCAGCA